UGCCCUCGAAGUGGAUAUAACGACGUGCUUCUAAUACCUGAAGGUGCCACAAGCAUUGUGAUUUAUGAAGUAAGGGAGUCAAACAACUACCUCGCUAUCAGAAGCAAGAUCAAGGACAAAUAUUAUUUAAACGGCGGAUACCGCAUCGACUUUCCGAGGAGUAUUGUGAUAGCUGGUACCCUGUGGCACUACGAGCGUUCGCCCCAAGGGUUUGCUGCGCCAGAUAAGCUGACUACUCUCGGUCCCACCACAGAACCCUUGUAUUUAUCACUGCUCCUCGUUGAUGACAAUGUGGGUGUUCAGUAUGAGUACAGCUUGCCGACCGCCUUGGCUCCCCGUCCGCAUCAGCAAUACAACUGGGUUCAUGGUGAAUUCACACCCUGCAGUGCUUCGUGUGGUGGAGGUUUUCAAACACGCAAUGUGAGCUGUCGGUCGCGUGAUGAACUAGAUGAAGUAAAAGAUAACCUGUGUGAUGAAGGUCUUAAGCCACCUACCAACCAGAGUUGCAACACGGAGGUGUGCCCAGCGCACUGGGUGGAGGGACCUUGGAGUAACUGCUCGAAGCCUUGUGGAGAAGAUGGAACCAGAUCGCGGCAGGUUCGCUGUGAGCAGGUCAUCAGUAAUGGACAUUCCUCAAUAGUCGAUGAUAAGGAAUGCAUCGAGCUCCACGGACGAAAACCGGCUCGAUUCGAGGAAUGUAACAAGAACGCAACCUGUCCAACUUGGUUCAAGGGACCAUGGAAAGCUUGUGACAAGCUUUGUGGUGGGGGUAAGCAAAUCCGGCAAGUGGUCUGUCAUCGGCGAGUCAACGGUCGAGUGGAGGUGUUUGGAGACGAGGAGUGUCCUGAGGAGAAGCCACCUGCAGAACAGCCCUGUAUCCUGCAUCUUUGUGUUGCAGUGGAUUGGGUGCUCAGUAAUUGGACGGGGUGUGAUACAUGUUCAUCUAAAAACAGAACUAGGGUAGCCCAAUGCGUGACUGAAAACCGCCAAGUGGUUGAUCCAAGCAUGUGCAGUUAUCAUCAAAUGCCAGUUUUGGAAGAGCCGUGCGAUAAAGACAAAUUACCUGAUUGCGAAGUACAAUGGUACGCGACCCAGUGGAGCAAAUGUACAAAGGUAUGCGGCGGCGGUGAACAGAAACGAGCAAUUAUGUGUCUUCGCGGUAACAAGGAGUCUAAAGACUGUGCUGAAGAUUCCAUUCCUGAGAACUGGCGAUCAUGUAAUGAACAGCCCUGUGAUGAAGACCAAAUGCUACCAUUGAAUACUAAGUCUACACCCAUUAUGGAUGAUGAUUACAUUCUCGGGGAAUGUAUUGAGUACGAAAAGGACUACGAAGAAGAAGGAGCCGAAGUUAUUGAUGACACUCUUCCCAGUAAUGAGCUCGACGUCAUGUUUAGUGAUAGCCCAGUUCUAGAAGGCUCUGGUGGCUGGACCGCUUUCACUGAAAUUGAAUCAGAAUUUACUACUGAAGAAGGCUCUGGUGCAGAUAUAAGUGUAACGGAGGUAAUGGUAACUCUUAGCGAAUUCACAACAGAUACUAAAACAGAUGAAUCUACUGAUAUCACUAUAGCAUCGACAACUUUAACAAAUACCAAUAAACCUUCUGAACACACUACAGAAACCGAAACAAACACCGACGAAACUACCGAAAGUACUGAAGAAUCCACAACUGUAACAAACACAAACAAUAAUGCUGAAAGCACUAUUUAUUCAUCAACUACUGACAUUGCAACUAAGAGUACGAUUGAUUCCACCACUGGAACAAAUAUUGUACAAUAUAGUGAAAGUACGACCGGAACAAAUACAGAUAAUGUAACAGAAAUUAAUUUAGAUUCAACAACUGAAACAAUUACUGAUGAAUCUACUGAAAGUAGUGUAGAACCCACAACUGGAACAAAUAUUGAAAUUACUAUAGUUUCAACAACUGAAACAAAUACUGAUGAAUUUUCUGAUAGUACUGUAGAAACAACUACAGAUACUGCUACUGAUACUACUUUAGAAUCUACGACUACAACAAAUAAUGACAAUGGAACUGAAAGUACUAUAGAUUCAACAACUGAAACUAAUACUGAUGAAACAACUGAAAGUACUGUAGAAACAACAACAGAUAAUACUACUGAAAUAAGUAUAGAAUCUACCACCGGAACUAACAAUGACAAUGAAACUGAAAGUACUAUAGAUUCGACUACAGCAACAAAUACUGGCGAAUCCUUCGAAAGUACCAUAGAAUCUACAACUGGUACAAAUACUGACGAAUCUUAUGAAAGUACUAUAGAAUCUACAACAGGAACAAAUGGAGAAAAUGCUUCUGAAAGUACUUUCGAAUCGACGACAGGAACAAAUACUGACAAUGGAACUGAAAGUACAAUAGAAUCCACUACUUAAACGAGUACAGAUAGUACUAUUGAUAGUACUAUUAAAUUCACAACUGGAGCAAAUACCGACGAUGAAACUGAAAGCAGUUUAGACAGCACAACUGGAACAAAUACUGACAAAUCAUCUCAAAGUACUGUAGAAUCUACAACAGACAGCUCUACUGAAACAACUAUAGAAUCUACAACGGGAAUGAAUACGGAUGAAUCUACAAGUGGCACAACUGAUGUAGGUCUUCAGACUGGUAGCACAGAAAUAGGAACAGAAAUAGUCUCGACAACAGAUGCUGGGUUCAGUUCGACUGAAAGCUCUACUAUAACAGAAGCUGAAACAACACAGACUGGAACCAGUGAAUAUGCUGAAACAUCUUCCACCGAAUCUAACGAACCAACAUCAUUAACGCAAGAAAGUACUACUGAAGCUCAAUUGGACUGGAAAUCAACUGUGGAAGUAUACACUCAACGGCAGAAAUGUAAGAUUAGGCGUAAGAUCGCUAAAUGCACGGAUAUUCGGAUAUAUCCGUACGGAUGCUGUCCUGACAAACGAACACCUGCGAAGGGGCCUUUCGAUCUAGGUUGUAAGAACAUUACGACGUGCGCUGACACAAAGUACGGUUGCUGUCCCGACGGUGUAUCACCAGCUCUGGAUGAUAAAGGAGCGGGCUGUCCUGUCACACCCUGUAACGAGACGCUCUACGGCUGCUGCAAGUCUGACAACAUUACUGUUGCUACUGGAAAUGAUGAUGAAGGAUGUCCCGUAAUACCAGCCUGCAAGACUACAGAAUUUGGCUGUUGCGAAAAUGAGACCAUUUCCGCUUCAGGACCUAACAAGCAAGGAUGUCCUGAAACAGAAGUAACAACGACAGAAGGUACUACAGAGUAUUCAGAGAGUUCCACCACAUCGACAGAAACCCUUACAACAGACAGUUCGACAAGCUUCACAGACCUAGAAGCCGAGACUACAACAGUGGUCUACACCGAAAGUACAACAGACAUACAGCAGCGACUGGAUAUAACUAUGAAGGCUGUGGCUGCCACACGUAUCAAUUCGGGUGCUGUCCUGACGGUGUGACGAUAUCCAGUGGCCCCGGUCUCGCGGGCUGUCUCUGCCAGCAUUCUCCAUUCAAAUGUUGUGGUGAUGAAGUCACAGCGGCUACUGGACCGGAUGGAGCAGGAUGUAACUGCGCGAACAGUAAAUAUGGCUGUUGUCCUGAUGGAACUACUGCUGCAGCAGGGCCGAAAUUCCUGAACUGUACAAAUAUACCGAUAAAUAGACAAGAGGCUUGUAGUCUGCCGAAGGACAGCGGCGAGUAUAACACUAACGUCAUAGACCGUGCAGUCGUCACAACUAAGAAGUGGUACUA